CACCGUAAUCGCCAUAACUCCCGGAGGGCCAACGUGCGUCUUGCAAUUGUACGUGAGCCUGGACAGCCCAGGUGAAUUGUCAGCGCCAGCGCCGAGAUAGCCUUGAACGCCGGAGAGAUGAAUAACGAGUGUGAGGCUAGCCUAGCACAGCGCCCAUAUACCAUGUCUGUAUAGCACGAUGAACGUUUAGAGGCCGGAGUAUUAUGGUGAGCUUGCGAGCUAUAGACGAGGCAACGCCCAUGUAGCAAGCCCAGGAGAGUCGGUGGCGCAAGCCCAUGUUCACCGAGAUGGAGCAGGCAACAGGAACGGAGCCGAGGUCCACAUACGAACUUCGUCGACACAUCAGCCAGCGUAAGCGGGCGGCACGUCGGAUGCAUCCCGUAGCCAUGUUCGAGAGUCGACACGUCCUCCUCGCGGUUGCCGGAGUCCACCUCCCGCGGCUCUGCAGCCGACCCAAACGGCGGCACAGUCGCCACUGCCAAGCCCUUGAUGCCCAAUCCCGAUGUGUGGUGCCAAAUCCCGACGCUGAUUCGCUUAUGCCCAACCUUGAUUUUGUAUCACCGUUUCGGGACUUUCUGUCGCGCCGUGUCCUGAACCGUGUCAGAGAAACCCACCGAGCGACGGGCGCGUCCACAUUCAAUCUUUCCGGCGAUCCCGCGCAAGCGAGGGCGAUCAGGGGAAAUUUUUGCGCGAGGGACGAGGAAGAUUUCUGUGAUGCUAAGGUGGGAGGGCCGAAGAGGACCGACCGCACAUAUGAAUGGGGCGGACGGAGAAGGCAUGAGAAAAUACCGGAGAUAUUCUGGGAGGGAGCCUCGUGGGGCUCGGCUAUCUCCGGCGGCGACUUCCGUCCUCCAUUGAGUGGCAGAGGAGUGUCUCCGGCUGGCUAGAGAGGGCACGGUUUCGUUGGGAAGGCCGCGGCAAAGAGCAAGGAGCCUAGACGACGAUAGGCAAAGCUAGGGUGAGCGAUAUAGCCAGGGGCGCUAGUAAUGAGGAACGUUCACACAAGCGGGAUAGCGGAAGGGCCAGGACCACUGCUUGACGCCGACUGCAUGUGAGUAUAAGAACCGUGAGCAUCAGUCAGAGUAGAGAUUAUUCGAUUAGUCGCAUUCCACGUACGAUGCCCUACGCGAUAAACGAGAUCACAAGUUGCAUCACCAGUCGCCGGUCGGUGCCACAAAAGCGCCAGGCAAGAAAAUAGUGCGUAGCUCUGAACGAAGCGCAUAGAUAUGGUCAAGUCAUCUAAUGGUGGUCAAUCCGUACGAGUAUAAGAAUUGGCAAGGCGUACCAAGUAUUGAGUACCUGCUUGAAGUUGUGGAGUCAUCUUCGCGCUGAUUGCUAGAGCU